AUGGGCCGCGGGGCCUGCGCCCCUUCGGAGGUGUCAGGGGCACGCGAGCAGAGCCGCUGGUUCGGAGCUGCCCUGGGCGCCCUUUGUCUGGUUCCCGUGCUGAUGCUGCUGGCCUGGCCGGGGGUCCCCGCGCCGCAGGUGAGAGCAGUCGGCCGCGCGGAGCUGGGAAGGGGAGAUGUGGAGACGCCAGACGCUGUGGCCAUUCCUGCCGCCCCAAGCCUAGGGAAGUCACUCCCUCAUAUGCCCCGCAGACGCCGCUACACGCUAACCCCAGCCAGGCUGCGUUGGGACCACUUCAACCUCACGUACAGGAUCCUCUCCUUCCCACGAAAUCUGCUGACUCCCAGUGAAACACGUCGGGGCCUGGCUGCUGCAUUCCGCAUGUGGAGUGACGUGUCCCCCUUCAGCUUCCGUGAGGUGGCCCCCGAGCAGCCCAGUGACCUUCGCAUAGGCUUCUACCCAGCCAACCACACGGACUGCCUGUCCUCUGCUCUGCACCACUGCUUCGACGGCCCCACCGGCGAGCUGGCCCACGCCUUCUUCCCCCCACACGGGGGCAUCCACUUUGAUGACAGCGAGUACUGGGUGCUGGGCCCCACACGCUACAGCUGGAAGAAAGGCGUGUGGCUGACGGACCUGGUGCAUGUGGCAGCCCACGAGAUCGGCCAUGCGCUGGGCCUGAUGCACUCACAGCACAGCCGGGCCCUCAUGCAUCUCAACGCCACACUGCGGGGCUGGAAGGUGCUGUCACAGGAUGAGAUGUGGGGGCUGCACCGCCUCUACGGCUGCUUGGAUCGACUCUUUGUGUGUGCAUCCUGGGCACGAAGGGGCUUUUGUGAUGCCCGCCAGAGGCUCAUGAAGCGACUCUGCCCCAGCAGUUGCGACUUUUGCUAUGAGUUCCCCUUCCCCACAGUGGCUGCUACCCCACCACCCCCCAGGACCAAGACCCGACUGGUGCCUGAAGGCAGGAACAUGACAUUCCGCUGCGGUCAGAAGAUCCUACACAAGAAGGGCAAAGUGUACUGGUACAAGGACCAGGAGCCCCUGGAGUUCUCGUACCCUGGCUACCUGGCGCUGGGGGAGGCGCACUUGAGCAUCAUUGCCAAUGCCAUCAAUGAAGGCACCUAUACGUGUGUGGUUCGCAAACGCCAGCGCGUGCUCACUACCUACUCCUGGCGCGUUCGCGUACGGAGCUAG